AGACACACUAGGAUGCUAGUAUGUCUCGCGUAGCUCAUUUGGAAAUCGAGCCAGCCGCUCGCUCGCGUCGCAGCGGCCUAGGAGGCAAACCAGCGUAGUGGGAACAACUAAGGACACAGCGAGGACGGUCAAGCCGCUGGUCCGAGCCCGACGCGCCGCCGGAGCCACCGCUGCCGCCAAAUAGAAGAAAGCCAGACUCAGCGCGCGCCACGAUAUACGAUGGCGCGGAAACGGAGAGGAGGAAAAAACAGAAAGCCCCCGACUGCCCAGCCGCCCCCGCGCCAGGAGACGAAGGAGGCGACCGAGGCCAUCACCUACGCGUCCGAGGACGACAUCGAUUCAAGGGACGAUUUGGAUGAUGCCUACGACGACGACGACGCGUCGACGGCGGCGUCGACGACGUCGCGGAGCGACGUCUCGGAGUUGGAUGGCGAGGGCUCGGAGGGUUAUCGGCCGGGUGGCUACCAUCCCGUUAGAAUUGGAGACGUCUUCCACGCGCGGUAUACUGUGGUAGAAAAGCUCGGCUGGGGCCACUUCUCGACGGUCUGGGCCUGCAAAGACGCGGACGGCGACGCUCUUGUAGCGCUGAAAGUGCAGAAGAGCGCGGCGCAUUACGCCGAUGCUGCUUUGGAUGAGAUCGAUCUAUUGAGACAUGCGAGAAGAGUCGCGGACGACGAGGCGAAGAACUGGAACAACCAGGGCGAUGAUCCCAGGGUAGCGUCGUCGCGCGUCGUGCGGCUGCUCGACCAUUUUGAACAUCAGGGCCCGAACGGGCGCCACGUGUGCAUGGUGUUUGAGUUAUUGGGAGUGAAUUUGCUGAGCGUCAUCCGGAAGUCGGAGUACCACGGGUUGCCCGUGGACGCGGUCCGAGCCAUGACGAAGCAGAUCUGUUUGGGAUUAGAUUUCUUACACAGAAAGUGCGCGAUCAUCCACACGGUCAGUGACUCAGCGUGGAUAUUGAACCUUACGCCAUCGACGCGCGUCGUCUCCGUCAGACGAGGUCGUGGGUGGUCGCGUCGAUGGCGUCUACGCGCCCCGCGAGAGAGUCGCGGCGGUUUCGCGACGGCGUCCGUUCCACACAGGACCUCAAACCCGAAAAUGUGCUCCUCAAGCGCGCCCGAGCACCUAGGCCGGUAGCUCUCAGAGACCGGACGAACGGCACCGUUUCACCGGACAAGCCCCUCUCCGCGAAGAUCGAGGAGCUCUCGCAAGACCUGACCCAGACCAAUUUAUCGGCGGAAGAGCGCAAGAAGCUCAAGAAGAAGCUCAAGAAGCAGCGGCAGAAACAGCGGAAGAAGGGCGCGCUCGAGGAGGUCACCGAGUCACAAUUUGAUGUACUAAGAUUGCCAGAUGGUACUGUAGCUCGGUGUUCGCUGCAGGGCAUGAUCGCCGCGAACUUCGAGGAUGACGCCGUGCCCUCGACGCCGGAACCGUUGCAAGACGAGAUCCAGCGCAUGGUGCUGAGGGUCGCUGACGACGUCGAGGAAGGGUCACUGCGCGCUCGAGUUGCGUUUGUCGCCCCAUGGGCGAAGGUGUAUGGGGCGCUCGGGCCGGACCACCGGAGGAAGCCUUAUGUUCCUGAGGCGCUAGAUAGAGCUCAAUGGCGAUGCGCUCUAGACGGCGCGGAUGGCCGCGAGACGGCGGUCUUUGCUGUGAGGGGAGAUGGCCGAGAACCGCAGACCGAUAGGGUUUUGGCUCGCGCUGCAGCUACGGCGCUCGCUUGUACGGCGAAGACGCCGACGUCUGAUAGCAUCAUGGGUUUGGCGGACCCUACUUUGUUGAGUGCGUGGACGGUGCGCUUCGACCCGUCGAAGGCCUUGGCUGUCCUAGGUUUCCUGGAGAGGAAGGCUCCGGGUCUGAGAUUUAUGAGUUGUGGGCCUCGGUCGGACGAGAAGGACGCGUGUGGCGAGCUCCGCGCCUUCGCGGACGCGCGGGAGUCUUUCGCUGGUUUGGUCGGUGUGGAUUUAGGCUCCCUACAAGCUUGUACUACUACAACAGAACGAGUCGCGCGACCGAAACCUCUCGCAAGACGCUUACAACUUGCGGCAAAACGCGCGCAGCCCCCUUCUACGGAAGGAGGUGCUCCGUCAGCGCCGGAUGCGCCGCCCCCGGUGCCCGUGCAGUCGCCCACAUUGGAAGUAAUGGACGAGCCGGCGACGUUGCCCCCACCUCCACCAGAUGAUGGGGUCCCCGACGACUUAGCAUCCUUAUGUGAUGCCGAAGUAGCCGUCGUCGACCUAGGAAAUGCCUGCUGGCGCCACAAGCAUUUUACCGAGGAUAUUCAGACGCGGCAAUAUAGGUCUCCCGAAGUGAUAGUAGGGGCACCUUAUGAUACCUCAGCUGAUGUUUGGUCAUUAGCUUGUGUGGUUUUCGAACUACUUACCGGUGAUCUAUUGUUCGAUCCGCGAGCGGGCGGCGACUAUGAUCGGGAUGAGGAUCAUCUCGCGCAGAUGCAGGAAUUGUUAGGACGAUACCCGAAAAAAUUAGCGACGGCGUCUCGGGCUCGACGGUUCUUCACGCGACGAGGUGAUCUCAAACACAUCCACCAGCUGCGUUUCUGGGAUUUGGAGUGCGUCCUCCGACAAAAAUACCACAUGUCGCCGGCCGACGCGCGCGAGGUCGCUUCCUUUUUGCGGCCUCUCCUCGAGUUUGCGCCGGACAAGCGAUGCACGAUGCAGGAGGCGCUGCGGCAUCCCUGGCUGACCCGGCCGCAAGGAAGUUCCCCGCCACCUGUUGAGGAGGACGACGACGAGGAGGACAAGGAAGACGAGGAGGACGAGACUUUAUCCACUUCCGAUUCCGGGGGCUACGAGGAUAUUGAUGUGGAGGCGUCGGACGAGUUCGACGAGGAGGACAUUGACGGGGAAGAAGCGGAGGAGGACGAGCCCGAGGAGGUCGGGGGGCCGGUCGAGGCGGGGGACGUGUAAUCUGGAUUGGGGCUUUUAGUUUUUACUCCCUUGUGGUAUGCUUACUCCCGAGCCC